AGUAAAGGAAUUUGGAAUUAGUCCUUCGGACAUUCCCUUCUCACAGGGUAGUGGCAGUCGCUCUGAUCUCUCUCCUUCCUAUGAGUAUGACGACUUUUCUCCUUCAAUCACCAGGGUGAAGGAGCUGACAGUUGAUUCUAGUGCUACCGGAGAUAUCCGUCCCAUUAUACACCACGCUCCCAAUCAGAUCGACGACUUGGAGACACAGUGGGGUGUGGGGAGCUCUCCUCAGAGAGAUGAUCUCAAACUGCUUUGUGAACAAAACGAAGAGGAAGUUUCUCCUCAGUUGUUUACUUUCCAUGAAGCUGUGUCACAAAUGGUAGAAAUGGAAGAGCAAGUAGUAGAAGACCACCGGGCUGUCUUCCAGGAAUCUAUUAGAUGGCUGGAAGAUGAAAAAGCUCUUCUUGAGAUGACUGAAGAAGUAGACUAUGAUGUGGAUUCUUAUGCUACUCAACUUGAAGCAAUUCUAGAGCAAAAAAUUGAUAUUCUGACCGAACUUCGAGAUAAAGUGAAAUCGUUCCGGGCAGCUCUACAAGAGGAGGAACAGGCCAGUAAACAGAUCAACCCAAAAAGACCACGUGCCCUUUGAGAUGGGCCUUUGCUGCUAAAGGAAUCCACGAACCCGUACUGCUGUAGCACACAUUUGUUACAAAACCCAGUGGCCGUAAGAACUCAACUACUUGAAAGUGUAAAAACAUUAGAAAUGUCUGUGGAAAUGUCCUGUUUCUUAUUCACCUGAAUGACAUUUUCAGUUUUGUGUGAAAUGCUCCUAUGAUGUCUACAAAAUGCUUCUAGACCAGACAGCACAACCAUGCAGGGUUCAGAUCUGUGAAGCACUUUGUUUAAAAUAUUUCAUUUAUUCAAAUUGUGAAUUUUAUGUUUGGAAAUUGCCAUGUUUUCAAUAAUGAAGUAAAACUGUGGCUAUGAAAAAGUCACAGCAUUUCCUUUUGACUAUGUUCAGUUUUGUUAGAGAGACCACCUGUGCAGUUUUAAAUUGUGUUUGCGUGCAUGCACACCUCACUAGUGGUUGUACAUAACUUCUACAGACAGCUGUGCUUACCUCUUCCCAUUCUGUGCCUUGAUGAAGGCUACUUAACCCUAAACAUCCUCUUUUUGAAGCACAGCCUUAAACAACAUUCCUUAUUUGUCAAUAUAAAUUACUUUCAGUGUGUGUACAUUUUUAAUAUGUUUAGAGACUUUUUUUUUUUUUGGUGGAUAGUUUCAUUUCACAGAAUGUGCCAUAUCAUUUGAACAGGAACUGCACAAGCUGUUAAGAGUGGACAAACAGCUGGACAUUCCAUCCUCCUUGUAAGAAUCUGGAUUUAUCUGAAUACCAUAAAGAAUGGUUAUAUAAUUCUAACAUUUUCUGUGUAAUGAAAAAAAAACAAAACCAACCAGGACAGACAAAACAAAAAAGAUAACUUAGUUGAUGUAUAAUAAAGGGUAAUGUUUAAGUACUGAGGAGAGUUGUAUCUUAGGAUAUGCAGAUAUACAGUAUGUGGUAUGGUGUGAUAAUGCUGUCAGAUUAAAGGUACGGUCUGACCUCUGCGUAUGGAUAGAGUAACUGUCAAAGUUCAAGGAUCCAGCUAAAUAUAUACAAGUUGGCCUUUCACAUACUGUUAAAAUUUGGCUUUUGAUGCAUGACAAACUUACAUGUACAUUAACCGUAGUUUGCAGGUAGUUUGAGUAGCUCUGUUGCUUUGGAAAAAUGUAGCUAAUAACUAUUUUUCCCUUUGUACAGUGCCAGCAGCUGAAAAGUGGGAUGAAAUUGCAUAAUUGGGGAUAUUGCACAGUACCUCUACCUGGCGCCAACAGGAAACCCGCUUUUCAUAAAUGGCGCCAUGUAUCAGCACUUUUUAGGUGGUGGCACUCAAGUUACUUAUUUUUGCAAGUCAGUAUCAAGAAAGAUUGACCUUUUAUGUAGAACUUCUUGUCAAAUGAAGAAUUGUAGACCUCUCUAGGAGUUCUCCCUGUUUCCACAAUUUUGUAUCAGCAGAGACUUUCCCUUGGAACUGUUUAAAAAUUACUUUUGGAAUACAAGCCUGUUUGUUUGUGCCAGGCCAGGAGGGAAAUAAAGGGAAGGCAAUGAAAAGAGAGUAAAAUGAGCCAGGAAUUCUUGUAGUGUUUAAUGUUUGUAUCUCCCAUGGGAAGGUAGGCUAUGGGAAGCUCUUGUCACAUCAUGGUUUAAAAAAAAAAAACAAAAAAAAAAAAACAAACCUCCUGUGUGUAAACAUGAAAACUGAAACAAUGUAGAUUUUACAUAAUGUGUUUAAUAAAUUAAGCUAUUAAAUGAA